AUUUAAAUCAAGGUAGUGGAAUAACCAAGAACAAGAGAAGAUAAAAAGAGAUUGAUAAACAUAGAGGAUGAUGAACACAUCCUCUGUUUUCAUUCCAUUGAAACAUAUUUUCACAUGCCCAUGAUUUUUACACCAUCUUCAUCCUUAAAUGAUAUUGUUGUUCGGUUUUUGAUUGAUGCUUGGAAGAUCCGAUGCUCUUAGAUCGAUUUUGACAAAACCCACUUCGUGUCUGAUCGAAGCAACAACUGGGUUCUGUCUGAAUUUUAAGAUAAGAACAGAUGGAAUCGGAUCUUGGCAAGCUCUUCAUUGGAGGAAUAUCUUGGGACACUGAUGAGGAACGUCUUAAAGAAUAUUUUGGGAAUUAUGGGGAGGUGAUAGAGGCUGUGAUCAUGAGAGAUCGAUCAACAGGUCGUGCUCGUGGUUUUGGUUUCAUUGUCUUUGCUGAUCCUGCUGUUGCAGAAAGAGUCAUUAUGGAUAAGCACAUAAUUGAUGGCCGAACAGUUGAAGCUAAGAAAGCUGUUCCUAGGGAUGAUCAAUACAAUAUAAAUAGGCAGUCUGGUAGUCUACAUGCAUCUCCUGGUCAUGGACGCACAAAAAAGAUUUUUGUUGGAGGUUUACCAUCAACUAUCACUGAAGGUGAUUUUAAGAAGUAUUUUGAUCAGUUUGGUGCAAUUACUGAUGUUGUAGUUAUGUAUGAUCACAAUACUCAGAGGCCAAGAGGUUUUGGCUUCAUCACAUAUGAUUCAGAAGAUGCUGUGGAUAGAGUUCUUCAUAAAACUUUUCAUGAACUCAAUGGAAAGAUGGUUGAAGUCAAGAGGGCAGUUCCCAAAGAGCUUUCCCCUGGUCCAAGCCGGAGCCCAUUGAUAGGAUAUAACUAUGGUUUAAAUAGGGCCAGUAGUUACCUAAAUAGUUAUGCUCAGGGUUAUAGCAUGAGUCCCAUAGGAGGAUAUGGAGUCAGAAUGGAUGGUAGGUUUAGUCCACUUACUAGUAGUAGAAGUGGGUUUAGUCCUUUUGGUAACACUGGUUAUGGAAUGGGGGUGAAUUUGGAUUCAGGAUUGAGCCCAAGCUUUGGAGGAACUUCUAAUUAUGGGAGCAAUUUAGGAUAUGGUCGAAUAUUUAGUCCUUUCUAUGGUGCCAACUCAAGCAGAUAUUCCACUCCUAUAGGCUUUAGUGGGGGUAAUGGGAGAAGCGAUUCUCUUAUGAACUCAACUUCUAGGAAUGUCUGGGGAAAUGGGGGCCUGAAUAAUGCCAACAACCCAGUCAGCCCUGGUUCUUUCUUGGGAUCUGGAAGUGGGACUUUUGGUGGUUCAAUUGGAAACACUGGCACAAGUUGGGGUCCGUCGAUUCCAGCCCAGGGUGGAGGUGCUGCUUCUGGCUAUGCUACUGGGAGUAAUGUUUAUGAAGGUGGAGAUAGCAGCUUUGGAUUAGGUGGGGGAGGGUAUGGAAGAAACAGCAGUUCAGGAGUGACUCCAUCCUCUACAUUUAUGGCAUCAACUGGUGGUUAUGAAGGAUCCUACGGGGACUUAUACCGCGGUGGCAGUGGUUCAGUUUACAAUGACUCUACUUGGCGGUCUGCUUCUUCUGAGAUAGAUGUUUCUGGCUCAUUUGGUUAUGGUCUUGGUGGUAUAGCUUCUGAUGACCCAGUAAAGAGUUCUGAGGAUUAUAUUGGAAACUACAAUGUUACUGGUAGACAACCUAAUAGAGGAAUCGCUGCCUAGGAGAUAUGUUAAUUGGAUAUGUCAUGGUAGCAGUAGAUCAAGGGAAACUGGUUAAGAUUAAUGAGGUAUUGUGUAUUCAUACAUCUUCAUCACUUAAGAGAUAUCAGCUCAUAUAUAUAUAUAGCUAACGGUGUUCUUUCAUUUGAAGUAUACAUAUUCAAAGAGAAAGCAGUUACAAGUGAUUUUGUGUAAGGUUUGGGGUCCCUUUUUUUUUUUUUGUCUUCUUUUUAAUUUUUCAAGACUUAGGUUCCUUUCUUGGAAUUUGAUUGAGGUGUAAAAUCAGAUUGCGGGAUAUACUCAGGAAAAUUUGUUCCAUGAUAGUUAAUAGUGCAUCUCCAGAGAGGCCAGUCAUCGUUAGUUUGUUCAAUGAUAGAGUAUUAAUUUUUGAAUUUCUUCUUUCUUUUGCCACUGUUAAUGCCUGGCAAAGGUGUUUGUUCUUGUCACCAUCUUUUUUUUUUUUUUUUAUGGUAUAUGUAACUCUUAUCAAAUUGUAAGUGAGGUUCAGUUUGAUUUAAAGUGUGAAACAUGAGAGGGAUGUCUAUUAUUUAGGAUCCCCGUCAAAUAAUUAAGUUGCUGCUAAACAAUAUUAUUAAUUUUUGUUACACUUAUGUUAUA